CCACCUCAACCUUUUCUUCCAAGGACUUUACGGCACUAUUCUACUCACACCAAGAAACCACUCAUCAUGGCGUACGAAGUCGCAACUGCAUCCGACGAUGACCUGCGUCAAAUCAUACCAAUCUUCUUCAAAGCAUACGGCGGUCAAAAUGAAUACAUCAAUGCGGUAUUCCCACGUGGCCUCACAAAGGACGGAGAAGAAAUGACUAUCCAGCGAAUGAUCUUCAUCAACAGCGUUGCUCCGACAGUCAAGUGGGAGAAAAUCACCGAUACCAGUAGCGGCAAGAUAAUCGGAGGUGCGAUGUGGAGUCUGCACGAAGAUGCGAAGCCUCAACGAUUUCCUUUGGAUGGACCUCCGGGAACUUGGGAGACGGAUCUGGAGAAAGAGUAUGCUAAGGCGCUCUUCGAUUCUUUGGGCGUCGACGAACACAAAUACUACGAGGAGCAUGACUUGCCUUUCAUGAGACUUGCCAUCAUGGUGGUUGAGCCGGAAUAUCAACGCCGGGGAGCAGGAGCCGAAUUGCUGAAGUCAGGUCUCAACGUAGCGGACAAAGUCGGAGCAGCUACAACGCUUAUCGCAAGCCCGGAAGGAAAGGGUCUGUACGAGAAGUUUGGUUUCACGACAUUGGCGGAACGAGAUUUAGAUUUGCCGGAAAAGUUUUCCCACAAGCCAAAGUACCACAUCUGGUCAAUGGUUCGAACUUCUCCAAAAUGAGUGGCACUGCGGAAAGCAUCAUGGGAAAUAUAUCAUUGCAUUCAUUGUCAUAAUUCUAAGAACUUGUGCAUAUUCUCAGAUCCAAACCCAUUUUCCAAGCAUC